UCGAGCGCGCGCGCGCACGCGAGCAGCAGGAACACCCAUCAACAGAUCCGGAUCUGACACGAGGACUGAGGAACUUCAGCAGUUGUGCAGCCGUGAGCUGGAGACAGUCUGAUGCAGGAAUAAAAUCACUCAGCAAUGCAAGGGAGAAAGGGAUAAAAAAGUAACUGCGCGACUGCUUCACAGCACAACUUCCACGUCCGCGCUGAAGAUGAGGGCAGCGCAACACCAAAGGGCUUGAAACGGAGCUCAUCCAUAAUGACCACCAUGAGCCGGUAGACCGUGAAUCUGUGGAGUGCACAGCCACGCACAGUAGAGAUGUACCAAGAGGUGGCUUUCCUAGCAGGCAGCACCGAUCAUCAGUUUACCUCCUUCCACUUUAACCCUUUGGAGAACCCGCAUGAAAUCAGCAGCAAAAAGGGUGUGUUUUACAAACGUGCACAACUGCAGUUGAAGCCCGGCGUACAGGAGGACGAGGCGCACCGGAAUCGAGGAGCUGGAGCGGACGAAGGUGCUUUAGUUGCUAUCAUCAAUGUGGGCGGCAUCCGUUAUCGCAUACCGUGGUCCACUCUUGAGGAGUUCCCAUUGACGCGUUUGGGGAAGUUACGCAGCUGCAGCAAUGCAGAGGAAAUACUCGACUUGUGUGAUGACUAUGAUGCACGCUGCAACGAGUUCUUCUUCGACCGAAGCCCCAGCGCCUUCCGCUCCAUCGUCACGUUCUUGGCGGCCGGGAAGCUUCGUCUGCUGCGGGAGAUGUGCGCGCUCUCCUUUCAGGAGGAACUGAUGUAUUGGGGUGUGGAGGAGGCCAGUCUGGAGUGGUGCUGCUUGAGGAAGCUCCGUCUUCGGCAGGAGGAGCAGCGAGAGAGACUCCGGCUGGAGGAGGAGGAGGCUGAGCUGACCUCGCCCCAGUCCUGUGAGGAGGCGCCCGGAGUCGGGAGCCCAGAGGAGGAGCGUCUGGACGGUUGCAUGCACAGCCUCAGAGACAUGGUGGAGAACCCUCACUCCGGGAUCCCUGGGAAGAUUUUCGCCUGCCUCUCAGUGGUCUUUGUGGCCAUUACGGCAGUUACACUGUGUGUCAGCACCAUGCCUGACCUGAGGGAGGAGGAGGAGAGGGGGGAGUGCUCCCAGAGGUGCUACAACAUCUUUGUGCUGGAAACAGUGUGUGUGGGCUGGUUCUCCCUGGAGUUCCUGCUCCGUUUCAUCCAGACGCAGAGCAAGUGUGUGUUCUUGCGCACACCCCUCAACAUCAUCGACGUGGUGGCCAUCCUGCCCUAUUACAUCACUUUGAUAGUGGACUCGCUGUCCGUGAGCGACCGUCCCGCCGGCUCAGGAAACAACUACCUGGAGAAGGUGGGAUUAGUGCUGCGAGUUCUUCGAGCACUGCGCAUCUUCUACGUGAUGCGUUUAGCACGUCACUCGCUGGGGCUGCAGACGCUUGGCUUGACCGUACGCCGCUGCACUCGAGAGUUCGGACUGCUCCUGCUGUUCCUGUGCGUGGCCAUGGCACUGUUCUCUCCGCUGGUCUUCCUGGCGGAGAGCGAGAUGGGCGCCAAGCAGGAGUUCACCAGCAUCCCUGGGAGCUACUGGUGGGCCGUCAUUUCGAUGACGACGGUUGGAUACGGUGACAUGGUUCCUCGCAGCAUUCCUGGCCAGGUGGUGGCGCUCAGCAGCAUCCUGAGUGGAAUCCUGCUCAUGGCAUUCCCAGUCACAUCCAUAUUUCACACUUUUUCCCGGUCCUACCUGGAGCUUAAAGAGGAACAGUGUCGGGCCACACGGCACAAGCCCGAUUCACAAGACAGCACCAAGUCCCAAAACAGUGAGGAUUCCCAGGACACUGACAUUUCCAUACAUGGAAUAACAGAGAGCACCGCAGUCAGUGUGCAUCACCGCAGAUCUGUGGCUGUGACCGGUCAAGGAGCUCCACAGGUCAGGAGAUCACUAAAGUCAUAAUGCAAACAGCUGACUGUAAUACUGAAACCAUGUACAAAGACGUGCUACAGGUGAACGGCCAUUAAUAGUACCUGUAUUAUCAGGUGACUUAACAAUAAUAGACAGUGGGAGAGGGACAUUCAAAUGGACAGGUCGGUCUGCCCAAAAAAAGAGUUUGUUCAUCCUAAAAUGAAUGUUCUGCCAUUAACUAACCUUAUGUUGUUCCGAAUGUGAAUGUCUUUCUUCUUCCGUCGAACACAAAUGGAAAUGUUUUGCAGAAUGCUAGUUGUUUCCAUAUAAAGAAAGUGAAUGGAGUCUGGAUCUUUAAACUCCAAAAACAGUUAUUUGCUUAUCUUCCCAUCUGUGUUAGCUCCUAAAUCUCAUUCUUGGUUGAGAAUUCAAAUGUGUCACACCAGGUUUGAUAUUGUUGUUGCAUGUAUCAUAACUCAUAUUGUACUACACUUCUUCAAAUGGGAUUCGAACCAGCGUUAUCUGCCAUGGGUGGUGGGGACACUAACAAGGACGCUAAAGGCUGCAGCCUCUACCGCUGCGUGCCUCUCGAGGUUUGGAGAGUGAGAUAUACCUGCGCAGCUAUCUACCACCUGUCCAUCGUUACACCCACUGCCUAAACCUCGCUCCCAUCGGUCACGGCACCAAUGUAACUAGUUCUACUUGCACUGUUCCAAGAAGGAUUUGAACCAGUGUGAGCUGACUCAGGGAAGAGAGAGGCGGGAACCAGCAAACUUACCUUUAAUAACUAGAUAAAUAUAAACAACAAAACGAAAGUAAGCGCUCUCUUUUUGCAGUGUUGAAUAUUGUAGCCAAUCACAGACAUGAUUUCUGGUGUGUAAUGGCCAAUCAGAUACAUUUCAGUUAGUCAGAGUUCACUCACCGCUCAAAAUCCCAGAGUUUUUAUUCAGUCCUGGGUUCUGCAAACGCGUGAUUCCUCUCAUUAUUGUGAACAAAGUGUUGGCACAAUUUAAAUUAGAAAUUAGGCGAAUUGUGCUGUGUAGAGAGAUUCAUUGAUUAUAGUGGAAUGUUCUGACAUUGCGAUAAACUGAAGUGACAGCUUUUCAGUGAUUAAGGGAGCGCACUUUAUGCGAUUUCUUUGCUAUAUAUAGUCCAUUCAGAAUUUGAAUAAAAGUUCUGUUUUUCAUGCUGCUAAGAGGACCAAAAGUGGUGCAAUGAUUGCCAUAGUGAUAAUCAUAAUAAUGGACAGGACAAAAUAUGAUAUGUCAAAAUAGUUAUAUUUUGCACCCUCAAAUACAGGUGCAUCUCAAUAAAUUAGAAUGUCGUAGAAAAGUUCAUUUAUUUCAGUAAUUCAACUCAAAUUGUGAAACUUAUCUUAAGUCUUCGGUUCUUUUAAUUGUGAUGAAGUGUGAUGAAUGGGUUUCUGGAAAGUAUGUUCAUUCACUGUGCAUGGUCUCAAUACUUGGUAGGGGCUGCUUUUGCUUUAAUUACUGCCUCAGUUCAGCGGGGCAUGGAGGUGAUCAGUUUGUGGCACUGCUGAGGUGGUCUGGAAGCCCAGGUUUCUUUGACAGUGGCCUUCAGCUCAUCUGCAUUGUUUGGUCUCUUGUUUCUCAUUUUCCUCUUGACAAUAGCCCAUAGAUUCUCUCUGGGGUUCAGGUCUAGUGAGUCUGCUGGCCAGUCAAGCACACCAACACCAUGGUCAUUUAACCAACUUUUGGUGCUUUUGGCAGUGUGGGCAGGUGCCAAAUCCUGCUGGAAAAUGAAAUCAGCAUCUUCCAAAAACUGGUCAGCAGAAGGAAGCAUGAAGUGUUCCAAAUUUUCUUGGUAAACGGGUGCAGUGACUUUGGUUUUCAAAAAACACAAUGGACCGACACAGCAGAUGGCAUUGCACCCCAAAUCUUCACAGACUGUGGACUUCACACUUAACACUGGACUUCAAGCUACUUGGGCUAUGAGCUUCUCCACCCCUUCCUCCAGACUCUAGGACCUUGGUUUCAAAGUGAAAUACAAAACCUGCUCUCAUCUGAAAAGAGGACUUUGGACCAAUGGGCAACAGUCCAGUUCUUCUUCUCCUUAGCCCAGGUAAGAUGCCUCUGAUGUUGUCUGUGGUUCAGCAAAUUCCUCGACACGUCUGUGUGUGGUGGCUCUUGAUGCCUUGACCCCAGCCUCAGUUCAUUCCUUGUGAAGUUCACUCAAACUUGAAUCAAUUUGGCUUGAAAUGUCAAGGCUGAUAAGGCUGCAGUUCUCUCGGUUGGUUGUGCACACUUUUUCCUUCAACUCAACUUUCUGUUAACAUGCUUAGAUGCAGCACUCUGUGAACAGCCAGCUUCUAUGGAAAUGAAUGUUUGUGGCCUACCCUUCUUGUGAAGUGUGUCAAUGAUUUCCUUCUGGACAACUGUCAGAUCAGCCAUCUUCCCCAUGAUUGUGUAGCAUAGUGAACUAAACUGAGAGACCAUUUUGAAGACAGGAAACCUUUGCAGGUGUUUUGAGUUGAUUAGCUGAUUGACAUGUCACCAUAUUCUAAUUUGUUGAGAUGGUGAAUUGGUGGGUUUUUGUUAAAUGUGAGCCAAAAUCAUCACAAUUAAGAGAACCAAAGGCUUAAACUACUUCAGUCUGUGUGCAGUGAAUUUAUUUAAUACACAAGUUUCACAAUUUGAGUUGAGUUACUGAAAUAAAUGAACUUUUCCACACCAUUCUAAUGUAUUGAGAUGAUCCUGUAUAGCACCCUCACAAAUUUUAGAAGCAUCGACAGUGAUUUGAUUCGUCAUGUCAUUCAAAAAUUGAGUCACUCUUAAAAAAAGUUUAAAAACCACUGUAUUAAUGCAUCUCUUGAGCCCAGGGGAGCGAGGUUCACCUCUGAAUUUCACCCCCAUCUGGGUCACGGCACCAAUGUUCCUACUUACAUCAUGCUGAGAGGGAUUUAAAUGAGCAUCCACUGGCACUGGAGGAGGGCAUGCUAACAGGGAAACUAAAACCUGCAGUCCUUAAUGCACCUCUUGGGAGUGAGGUUUACCUGCACAUCUCUAACAUACUGGCUUCAGUUGCACAUUUAAUCCCAUCCGGGUAACGGCACCAAUAAAACUGGUCCAUCAACUGUCAUAGGUGGUGGUUGCACUAACAAGGACACUAAAAACUAGCCUCUUGAAGCCAGGAAAGUGAUGUUUACCUUCAUAACUCUUACUAGCUGGCCUAUUUUACAUAUUCAGCAGUUGUAAAGAGAUUUGUAGCUCAUCUGCUUCCGUCCCCAUUCAAUUCUAUUUUAUGGAAAUGAGCAGUAUGAACAUUCGGUUAAAUAUUUCCUUUUGUGUUCCACUGAAGAAAGACAAUCAUAUGGGUUUGGAGUGGUAUGAGGGUGACUGAUGACUGAAUUUUCAUUAAGCUGGAGUUUGAUCGAUGAAUGCUCCUACCUGUGAAAACACCAUGACUGUGAAGACUGCCAUUUUAUUUUGCAUCCACCUUUAAGGUAAAAAUACCUUUCUCUGGUGUCAGAGGAUACAUUAUUACACUGUUCAAAGCAUUUUUAAAUUUAUGCUCCUAUAUAACUGAUUUGCAAUAUCUAAGUUUAUGAAAACACAUUUACACACAUUUCUGUUAUAGCUCUGCUUUUUGGCGCCAUAGUCUCAGGAUCUGCCGGUUGUAAUAAACAGUAAAAUACCCUUUAACGUAAUAAAGGUUUCUUAUUUUCAAA